AUGAAACGAUUGAUCUUGACUCAAUUUGGUAUCUAUUUAGUACCAUUGGUUGUUUUUAUUGUCGAAUUUCUUUUUGGUUGGACUCAGAUAAAAGAACUCAUUAGCGAUAGUUGUGACGUAUUUUAUACGAAUGUCUAUAUUCAAGUAUUUAGUACAAUUUUUGGAUAUGCAUUACCAAUGUUUUUGAAUGUAUUGGUAAUUUAUGUUAGUGUUCGUCAUGUUCAUUUAACAUCAACUUUACAACCAACACAACAUCAUGUUUCAGCUCGUGAAAAAUAUCAUCGUUUAUUAGUUAUUCAAUUUCUUUGUUUUUAUUUCAUUUGGGGUGGACUUUGGUCACCAUAUGUUAUUAUUUCUCAAGUAUCAUUUAGUGAUCAUAAUGUGAUGUAUACUGUUAUGUUGCUUAGUUUUAUUCAAAUAGCAUUCGAUCCAAUAAUUAUUGCAGCUUUAGAUGUUCGUUUUUGGCAUGAAUGGCGAAAAAUCUGGAUUUAUAUAAAAAAUACUAUAUUCUUCAAUCGAGCCAAUCGUAGGCGAAUUCAACCUUUAACAAUGAAUUCCAAUUCAAUUUCAGUUGCAGCUUUGUGA